GAAAAGAUAAUACUGGGUGGAUUGCUUCCAAUGCGAACCAAAAGCUUGACCACCGAACUAAAAUGUGGGGAAAAAUUGCGCCUCUCUGGCUUCAUGUUAGCACACGCGAUGCUCAAUGCCAUUGACCAAGUGAACUCACGAGAUGACAUCCUUCAGAAUAUUACUCUCGUGGCGGAUAUCUACGACACUUGCCGAAGCCAAACGAUCGCAUCGGGUCACACGAAAGAAUUCAUUAAGAUGACCCUACAGCCGGAUCCAGAGAACCAGUUGGCAGGGAUAAUCGGAGCGUCUGUCAGUGAUGUUUCAGCAAAAGUCGCCAGCAUCCUGCAAGUGUUCGAAAUCCCGCAGAUAAGCUACAAGUCCACAAGCGUGUUACUAAGCGACAGAGAUAUUUAUAGUUAUUUCAUGAGGACCGUGCCACCGGACUCAUUCCAAGCUGCGUCGAUGGUCGAUAUAUGUCUGAAAUUUAACUGGACGUACGUCUUGACUAUUAACUCCGCAGGUAUUUAUGGCGAAAAAGGGAUCGAAGCGUUUCACAAGUUUGCCAAAGAGAAUAAUAUCUAUACAGAUCACAUCGACUCUAUCACGAGAAUAGCUAAUGAAGAGGAGUACGAAAUCAUCGUCAGGAAUCUGGUAGAAAGAACCGAUGGGACCUCAAUUUCCACUGUGGUGCUAUUCUGCAGCCUUCAACACAGUCAAGGCAUUACAAAGGCCGCUCAAAGAAAUCCAAAGGCGUCCGCCUUUGUGUGGAUUUUAAGCGAUUCCUUCGACACGACGACCUUGGAACUCAGAGACAUGUGUAUAAUGACCAUUCAAAUGGCAGAAGAAGGACUUUCGGGAAGCUUUAAGAAGCACCUCGACGAAUUAAACAUGCAAGAUCCAAAAUGGGAGCAACAUGUUCAUGUCGUGAAAUUCUGGGAGGAUUGGUUCAAAUGUCGAGUCAAGAAUACAUCGAGUCAAAAUUACCCAGUGUGCACCGGGAAGGAAAGCCUGAGCAAUGUUACACGAGGAUUCACCCUUCAGCCAAUAAUGUCAGCGGUCUAUGCCUUUGCGCAUGGACUUCAUAGAUUACAACAAGAAUUGUGUGGGAACAAGUCAGGACUGUGCUCGGAAAUGAGACAUUUCAAGCGCGACAGAUUGUUACAGCAUCUUAGGAAUGUUUCUUUCGAGAACUUUUUCAACACAAGUCUGGAAUUUAACGAGAACGGCGAGGUAAUGGCGAUGUAUCACAUCCUCAAUUUUCAGAAAAACGGUGGCUCGUAUACAUAUAAUGUCAUUGGUGAGUGGGACGGACAGAAGACUAGGGAGAGACUAGAAAUGGACACCGAUGACGUCACGUGGUUCGAAGCCGGCAAUGGCAGCGUCCCGCAGUCCUACUGUUCAGCGGAGUGUGAAUUUGGUUAUGUGAGAAAAGAGAGAGAGGGGUACCCCUUCAAUUACUGUUGGAACUGCCACAAAUGCGGUAAGCUACAAUUAAUCGUGAACAACACGUGUGUAUCGGGGUUACCGGGGUACAUACCGAACGCGAGGAGAGAUGCAUGGAUAAAGCGAGAAGUUCUGUACUUAAAGUGGACGAAUACGGUGCCUAUUUUAAUCGGUGUCGUGUCGGCGAUUGCUAUUAUCCUAACCGUGGCAGUUCUUUUGAUUUUUUUAACUCAUCACAAGAACCGCACAGUAAAAGCUUCUGGUCGCGAGCUCAGUUGCAUCAUUCUGACCGGAAUCUUAUUCUGUUUUGCCACUCCCUUUAUCUUCAUCGUGAAGCCAACAGACUUGAUAUGCAUCGUGCGCAGCAUUGCCCCGGGCUUUGCGCUCUCCAUAAUCUACUCCGCGCUGUUCAUGAAGAUCAACCGGGUAUACCGCGUGUUCACCAGCGCGAAGAUCACGAAACGGCGUCCCCCCCUGGUACGCCCCAAGUCCCAGGUCUUCAUUACGAUUGGCUUGAUCUCGAUCGAGCUUCUCAUCACCCUACUGGGCAUGCUCACGCAUCUCCCGCAAGCGUCAGAAUAUUAUUUCGCUGACAAAGAAAAAAUCAUCCUCGAAUGCCGCAUGGAAUCUACAAUUUAUGUUGGUGGCCUCUCGUAUGUCAUAGUCCUCAUGAUUCUCAGCACAGUGUACGCCUUCAAAACCAGAAAAUUUCCAAGAAAUUUCAACGAGUCAAAGUAUAUCGGCUUCACCCUCUACACCACGCUUGUUACCUUUGCAAUAUUCUUCGCAUUCUAUUUAAAUUUGAGCGACUCCAUUCAGGAGUCCGCGCUCAGCGCAAUCGGGAUGUUGGUCAUAGGUUUGGUAUCACUCUCGGGGCUAUUUGGACAACGUCUAUUCGUCAUAUUUUGCGUCAAGAGUGAACGGCCCGAUGACAUUUUUAUGACUCGAAAUCAAUCGAGCGGAGAGAUCAGCAGGAGUCCUGUUGUCGCGGAGAAAAGCUUCAAGGGUACUAUGGUACUUCAAGAAACUAUUCCAGGAACAAUACCGGACACGGAGUGCACCAAGACGGGUAAAUCAAACUCAAUGUGAAAAAAACAUAACAUCUAAAAGACUUUCAUACUUUCAUCUAAAAGACUAACACUUUCAUGGUUAGAUCGAUGCGUUCACAUCAGUUUUUCACAUGUACUAGAAGCUUGUGGGCCGAUCAUAUAAUUCAUAUUUUGAAAUCGACUUGAUAGAGAAGCCCUGACUUUAUGAGAGAUUUUGUUCAAUUGCAAUUUUUUACAUCAACAAGAUUUCUCUAGGUCGCCCUCGUUCUUUGAAAGACAUGGAAUAAAUCAAGCAUCAAAGCAAAGCAAGGGCCGAUACUUGGAUUUUAUAACACUAAAUACCUUCUGAUAAUCUCAUUUGUUUUGCCAGAAUAUCACAUGGUUAAUACUAUUAAUAUUAGUUUAUAUAAUCGUAUAAUGUGGGUAUCAUAAACGUAUAUAAGCAAGAAAUUUACGCGACCUAUUGUGCAAACGGCGCGUUUAAAAAAAACAAUGGAUUGCUAAUGAAGGAAAAUAAAGAAAUGAAGGAAUGUAACUAUAUCUAACGCGGUGCCAAAAACGGUGUUCCGUUUGUGUUAUGUUCAUUAUAUAUCAAAGAGUCUCAUUGGGGUGGAGGCAAAAUACCCUCGUAUACGAGGUUGCUACAGUACCUAACUCCAAACAAGAUUUAUGAAUGAAAUAUUUCCACAAGCAAUCGCCGCUAAUAUAUUUCAAAUUAUAUUCACUACUUACCGUUUUUGCAUAAUACGCGCGGAAAGAAAAAAGUUGACAUUUCUCAGAUCCGAGACCAAUUAAAUAAUUGUUUACAUGCC